AAAUGUAAACGUAGAAGGAGUAAAAUGGAGUAGCCUAUUGGUAAUUUCCCACAUGAUUGGACUUGAAUAGGCCAAACUGCAACAACAAAAAAAGUAGCCUAUAUCUGUCAUUCUCUCCAUCACCUCACGUCUCUCUCCUCCUACUCGACUCACGCACACGCGGAUAAAGUGGUCCACUUUGAGAGGGUGGGGCGCCAGUAAAUAUUCCUAAGUGGGGUCUGUCGCUCCCUCAUCCAUCUGCAGGGAUGAUCAUCAACCACCCGGACUGCAGAGCUUUUAAUACAACUUCCAGUCAAUGGUCUUUUCCUUCCGAAGGAUAGCGCGGAUAUCUGUACAGUACAGGCUAAUAUGUGGACGUAAGGGUUAGAAUCUGCAUCCUCCUGAGACCGGGAAGCCAUGGAAAGAGGAGCGCACCCUCACGUAUGGACUCCAUAUGUUUGGCGCGCGCAUAACGGACACCACCGGCAACCUUUCAAAGGCUUUCUGCAGCACUAACAACCUCCCUGCCAACACUCGCUGUCUUCAAGCACCAUGCCGUCUCUGUAUCAUGGGGCCAUCUUCGUGGGGGUCUUCCUCAUAGUGACCGGGGGCUCCACCGCCUUCCUCACCUCGUCCCAGAGCCGUCUGCAGGCCUUCUCCCUCUGCUGCGUGGUGCUAGGGGCCGUCAUGCUCAUCCUGGGGCUCUUUUGGGCCAUGAACACCAAGUCCCCGGUCAACUACAGCCACGGAGAAUACAACGGAGAGUGUCCGCACUAUCCCUACAACGACUACCCCAACUUUGGGAGCCACGUCCUUUUUGCGCAAUCGGGGAGCCGCUUCCCGGAGUCCCAGUCGGUGUUUCUGCCAAGGCACACAACCCCAGAACGCCAUCGGAGUGGCGCCAACUGUGAGGAAUUUGACUACCCUCCCAUGGAUCCCGGAUGUUUCAGUCCCUCCACACAACCUCCCCCGUGGCUUGGACCCCCGCCCCCCUAUGAAGUGGCCAUCAAGGUUACCUGCAGCUCGACGCAACUGCGGCGGGCAUAUUCUGACACCCACCUGGCAUCGGAGCCCCUGUUCGGACGCUCGAGGGAGAUCAGCUUUGAGGUGUGACGCCGGCCAAUGUUCAGACCUCCUUCCCGUGGCUGCCAGUUCAAUAGGCGAAGGUUUUAGGCUG